CGCCGCCAGGCCCCCCUCCCCCGCCAGCUCACCGCGCUCAACGACCUCCUCCGUCCCACACCCGCCUCGGCCAUGAGCUACGUGCGCACCGAGCCCUGGCGCCAGGACGUCCUCACGCUCAAGGCCGUCCUCAAGCAGAAGGCCUACGAGGAGCGCGCCCACAAGCAGCUCGUCAAAGGCGAGCGUCGCCUUGAGCGCGGCCAGGAGGAGGGCCAGCUGUCGGCGCCGCCGAGCGAGGGCGGCGAGGACGAUGAGCUCGAGGGCUACGGCUCCGACUCGUCGGGCGAUACUCGUCGCUCGCACCGCAUCGCCGAGCUGGACGAGGAGCGCGAGGCGGAGGAGCGGCGCAGGACGGACCGCCUCAUCUGGCAGGCGCUGAAGGCCGAGCGCGCGCGCGUGAAGGCAGCCCGCGUCGAGCACGACCGCAAGCUGCGCAAGCGCACCCGUCGCCGCCGCAAGACUGUCGCCGAGCGCGUCGCCGCCGACGAGGAGAAGCAGGACCCGCUCGCGGCGUGGAUCCUCGACCCCGACCACCCGGCGCGCGUCGACUUCUUCGCGACGUGGGUCAAGUCGGCCAUCCUCGACGAGAUCCGCAUCGACGACCUCACCGAGGCCUUCUUCAUCACCCUCGACGCGCUCGACGAGGACGAGAAGGCGCACCUCGGCGAGACGGCCGACUGGAACGCGCGCGCCCAAGUUGGCCUCGACCCGUUCCUCCUCGCCGCCCUCCUCGAGCACCUCGCCCAGCACCUCUCCCAGCAGCGCGCCGCCGCCCUCCUUCCUCCGCCGCCCAACCCGCUCGACUCGACGGUUCCGGGCUCGUCGCCGCUCUCGUCCCUCCAUGACGGCGAGUCGUCGUUCGCCCACCCGCCCAUCCUCAACGCCGUCCUGUCGCUCUCGGCCUGCGGGCUGAUCAACAACGGCGAGCCGUGGCGCCAGCUACUCGAGCGCUACGACGACGAGUGGUACGACGACGACGGGCCGACCGAGCAGCAUGAGCACUACAAGUACGAGCUGCGCGCCCAGCUCCUCCCCGGCUUCGUCAAGAUCCUCGAUGACGUCCUUCGGUGGUGCGGCGGGCCCCUCAAGCGCCUCCUCCACUACCGCAAGACGUCGAGAUACCCGACCAAGAAGGUCGCGAUCUCCAAGGAGUACCUCGCGUUCGGCACGAAGCGCCCUCGCCGUCGACAACAUCCACGUCGUCGUCGUCGACGCCUGCGGC